GUUUGAAGGAUAGAAUCAUAGAAAAGAAAGGGGGGAAAAACAAGACGCCUCGACAAAACCUCAAAAUUCAGUGCGAUUCGGCGGAGGAAGAGAGCAGCUAGUAGCAUAGACGCUGCAAUGGAAGACGAAGCACCGGAGGCCCACACCAACACGAGUUAGGCACAUUAACAAACGAGCUUUCAAGAACAAAGCUCUUUCUGUCUCUUUCAGAGAGAAAGAUCUCAAUUCUCAAGUAUGAGCAAGCCACGCACUCUUACCUCGUUGUUGCGAAUCCUCAAACAAAACAAGCGAUUUUAGGUCAUCUGAUUAUUUAUGGUUUAUUGGUUUCAAACAGGGACUAGGUGACUAAGUUUCACAAGAGGAAGAAGAAGAGAAGAAACGAAGCGAGAGGCAGAGCGGCGCAAGCGUAUUGAGAAGCGCGAAAAGUGACACGUCUCUUAACUUUUUGGAACUCCUACACCGAUCUUGAUAUUUUUGGAGUGAACGCAAAUUUAGUACUUACUGGGAACGAGUAGAAGGUUGAAGACAAAAUGGAACCCCUUAGAAGAGGAUAAUGAUAGGGCUGAAAAGCGGAAGAUUAAGAAGUACUAAAGAAUGUUGAUUGGAACUACGGUUGCUCAAGAAGAAAGAGGGACCAAAAAUGUGUGAAAACAUAAAAGAAGAAGAAAAAGAUGAUGCUAACGGAAACAAUGGAUUUGGUGGAACAAAUAAAACCUGACAGAGGAAGAUACUUCAAAAGGGGGAAUGUUGUGGCUGAAAAUGGGGAAAAGGAAGAAGAAAAUCUAUUGCUAAAGGAAGUAGUUGAGGGUGACGGGAAAGAGGAUAUCAAUCCAGUGGGUCCUCAGGGGGAGAAGAAUCAAGAAUUGGAUGAUGGAAAGGCCGAUGUUAGAAAACACAGAAAGAAGAAUCGGUUGCUGGAAGAAGCGGCUAAGGCUGAUAGGCGAGGAUUUUUGGAGAAAUACAGAAGAUCUAUCUUGCACCUGAAGGUGAUUCUUCUGUAAUUUUAGAUGUUUGUUUUUAAUGUCUGAGUUGUUGUAUAUGUAACUAACUUGGUUUAUGUGGUUCCAUGGUUGAUCAGUUGAGCAGAUAUACAGAUACUACUGCUAAGUGCGUCUUAAAAAA